AUGCCCCCAAAAAAGCGCGAUAAAGAUAAUGAAACCAGCAAAAAUACUAAAAUAGAUCAUCUUCAAGCUGACCAUGAGUUAUUUUUACAAGCUUUUGAGAAACCUACUCAAAUAUACCGAUUCUUACGUACUCGCAACAUGUUGUCGCCGAUAUUUCUCAACAGAACACUAUCAUAUAUGAAAAGGCGAAUGUCUCGAAGUAAUAAAGGACGGAUUGGAUUCACUGUCGAUUCAUUAUUAGAAAAAAUUACCCAGAAAAAAAGUACAGAACUACAACCCAACAACUUAGGAGGUUACAUGACAUUAACAUUCUUAGGGUUCUAUGAUAAGAGUCUGGAAGAUUCGCGAGAUUACCAAGUAAAAGUAGAAACAUUAUUGCUGAAAAUAUGUCAUAAGAAAAGAAAGGAAAGCUCGUCUGCUAUUGUUGAAGUUUCAGUUGGAAGCUGUUCAGUACCGUUAAACCCAUCAUCAUCAGAGCCUCCAGCUAUGGCAUCAGCUGUGAGCAUAGCUAGUGAUACUUUUAGUCCUUCACAGGGUCCUAAUGUUAAAUCAUACAUGCUGAUGUUACGUGUGACUGUAACUAAAACCACACCUUGCUCAAACACAAAUGGAACGCCUACCUCUACUGAAAUAACAAAUGGAGAUAGUGACGAACCUUUAUCAAAACGCAUAAAGCCGUCAGACUUACACAGUCCUGCUGAUAAUAAAUGGAGUAAACUGUAUGGCAGUGAAUUAAUUGUCUAUGACAAGCAUAACAGGUGUUUGCUGACAAACGGUGAAUAUGAUCUAGUUCUACAUGACGCUACCCCGGGUGGAAGAAGUGCUACUAUAGCCAGAUCUCCUCACAAAGCUUUAAUGGCACAGUGGGAAACUAUUCCCAAUGAAAAUGGCUUGAAUUCAGAAACAAAUCCAUUUGAUGUGUUCAAAGUGCGACCCCUUUUGAAACUCAAGCUUAGCUGGAGCCAGGAGCCAACAAACGGACUUGUUAACAGACCUAAACUCUACCAAGCUAAUGAAACUAAUGGGAUCAAAAAAGAGCUUAAUAUUAACAAAGAUAGAUUAUUGUCGCAGAAGUUUUGCACGAGUGAACAUAAAAGUAGUGAGAAAAUCAAAGAAAAUGGUGAAACAAAGAAACAACAGAUAAUAUACCAAUUCUUAUACAAUAAUAAUUCUCGACAACAGACUGAAGCGUGCGAUGACUUGCACUGUCCAUGGUGUUCAUUGGAUUGUGGCACUCUGUAUUCGCUGCUCAAGCACUUGAAACUUUGCCAUUCAAGAUUUAAUUUUACUUACUUUCCUAUACCGAGCGGUGCUCGAAUCGAUGUGUCAAUUAAUGAGCUAUAUGACGGUUCCUACACUGGAUCCCCCCAUGAUCUCAUAGCGUCUCAAGGACGUUCAUCUUCUAGUGGACCCCGGGCGGGUCCCACUCGUCGAGCUUCUUUAACGCAUCUGCUUAUUUGGAGACCCCGAGCGAGAAGACGCGCGCAGAGGCAUAGUCUGGCGGAAUUUUUAGAAAUAGACGACAAUGAUGUUUUAGAUGCACAGAGGCCAUACAUCACUGGGCACAAUAGAUUAUAUCAUCAUACAAUAACUUGCCUUCCUGUAUAUCCCAAUGAAUUGGACAUUGACUCGGAAAGCGAGACAGAUCCUCUAUGGUUGCAACAGAAGACUAUGAUGAUGAUAGACGAGUUCACAGACGUCAAUGAGGGCGAAAAGGAACUAAUGAAAAUGUGGAACCUCCAUGUGAUGAAGUACAACUAUGUGGGCGACUGCCAGAUACCUCUCGCUUGCCAAAUGUUCCUACAAAUGAAAGGGAAGGAGCUCCUGGAGAAGAAUCUCUACAGAAACUUUAUACUCCACAUGUGUUCAUUGCACGACUUCGGUCUGAUUACGUCGGUAGCGUUGUACCAGACUGUGCAAAUGCUGAAUCAAAUGCUCGCUGAUAAUGCGGAAGCCAAAGAGAAAAUGAGAGAGUCGCUGAAGGCUCAAAGAGAACACUGGAAUACAAUUGGAAAAUUCCAACAACCCGUCGUCAUAGAACCAAAACCCCAGACGAACACUGCCAAAUUAAAUGUAGAGGCGUCGCCCUCGGUUCGACGGAAGACUUCGAAUUUACAAAACGCCAAUAGAAUGGCGAGCGCUAGUACAAAUUUUAAAUCAGCUACGCCCGGGCCCAGCGGGGACACUAAACGGAAAAUGUCCUCAGGAAGCAUUCAGAGUCGAAAGAGGUCUUCGAUUUCGGAGAGGAAAAGCUCAGUUUAA